CUUGCAGGUAAAGUUGCCAGGGGUCCUGGGCUGAGAAAGUGGCCAAACCCUCCCACAGUGGGAUGUUUCCUCUGCUGCACUCUGGGCUGGUUUCUAUUCAAAUGUGGGUCAGGGGUGAGGAAGCCUAACGUCAUAAGCUUGCAACAUGGCGUCCCGAAGGCUGUGAGAUGAGCAAGAGGAUGGUAAAGAACGCUUGAGAACGAUCCUACCGAUGUAAUAAGCUUCAGGUGGUGCUCGUGUAGGAAGAGAGAGAGAGAGAGCGAGAGAGAGAGAGAGAGAGAAAGAGAAAGAGAGAGCCAAGGAAAGCAGGAAGGUGGAAAUGGAACUGCCAAAUCAUGCCAAACAACUGCUGCUGCAACUCAACCAGCAGAGAGCCAAGGGCUUCCUGUGUGAUGUUAUCAUCGUGGUGGAGAAUGCACUCUUCCGCGCCCACAAGAACAUCCUGGCGGCCAGCAGCAUCUACUUCAAGUCUUUGGUCCUCCACGAUAACCUCAUUAACCUCGACACAGAGAUGGUUAACCCUUCUGUAUUCAGACAAGUUCUGGACUUCAUCUACACUGGGAAGCUCAUGUCCUCCUCAGAGCAGAGCAAUGAACAGAACUACACUGCCCUCUUAACCGCAGCCAGCUACCUCCAGCUCCAUGACCUCGCUGCUCUGUGCAGAAAGAAGCUUAAGCGCAGUGGUGGGAAAUCCCUGCCAAGUAAACCCUCCACUCCAGGUCCCCAAAGCCGCUCACGCCUCAACAACCAGCGCCUUUCCACUUCUACGCCAGCUGGCCCCAAAAACCACUAUCCUCCGACCCCAUCUGACGUCGACCAGCCACAGCCAGAUGAAGGCCUUCGGGACAAGCUCUCAGAUGACGAAAUGUUUGUUGGCAGCUCUGGGAGGAAUGGCAAUGGGGGGAAUGGCAGCAGUAAUGGAAAUCUCAGCAGUGGAGGAAGUGCUGGGGAACCAGACCUUGGACUAGAUCUUUCCAAGAAGAGCCCUCCCUUUGCUGGCACAGCCACUGAUGCCCUCAGCCCACACAGCAUAUCCCAAGAGUCCCCUCAAUCUGCCUCAGUAUCCACAACCAACAGUGCCUCACUGGAUGACUCCUCUACCACCCUACCAGGUGUCGACACCGGCUCAGAGGAGCUCAACUCCUCCUCCAAAGCCUCAGAGGACAACCAAAACCAGCCAGAUGGCCCUCCACCCCAGAAGAAAACUCGGCAAGGUGCCCGCAAGAACGAAUGGCCUAAGAGAGAGGCAUCAGGGUUGAAGUCUGAGGAUCAUGAAAGGCCCCUUGUUAACGGGGUGAUUGUGGGUGCUAAAGAUGGACGCUCCUCUGACCAGUCCUUCCAAUGUAAAGAUGAGGACGAAGGAGGGGAAAAUGGUCAAGACCACACUGAUGAAAGCGGGCAAAGUGAUGGAGAGAGUGCAGGAGGUGGAGGAGGAACAGGAGGGGGAAACCACAGCGCCAACUACGUUUACCGGCAAGAAGGUUUUGAGCCAGCGUUUGGGGACAACCUCUAUGUGUGCAUUCCCUGUGGUAAGGGCUUCCCCAGCUCUGAGCAGCUCAAUGCUCACGUGGAGACUCACAAUGAGGAUGAGCUCUACAUCAAAGAAGAGGCAGGGACCUUUGUGAAAGAGGAAGACGAGGAGGAGGCAGAGGACCUCUCUGCCCCCGUGGGUCCCUCUAGCUUUGGCUCUGAAGCGCGUCCGUUCAAGUGUACAGUCUGCAGUAAGAGCUACAAAGACCCCGCAACUCUGAGACAACAUGAAAAGAGCCAUUGGCUGACCAGGCCUUUCCCCUGCAACAUCUGUGGCAAAAUGUUCACCCAGAGGGGCACCAUGACACGCCACAUGCGCAGCCACCUUGGCCUCAAGCCGUUUGCGUGUGAAGAGUGUGGCAUGCGCUUCACACGCCAGUACCGUCUGACAGAGCACAUGCGUGUACACUCUGGGGAGAAGCCGUAUGAAUGCCAGCUAUGCGGGGGGAAGUUCACCCAGCAGCGCAACCUCAUCAGUCACCUGAGAAUGCACACCUCACCCUCUUAGAAACGCAUCAAGCCAAAGAACUCUGGGAAUAGAAAAAAGUUCUCUACCUUUUUUUCCAUCUCAACAGCAAAGAAACGCACAUGUCCACAUUCACUUGCAAACACUCACAGUUCUUCAUAUUAAUUCCAGUUUACGAUGCCAUGGCUAAGUGAAAGAUGUAGCUGUUAGCCACAGUGGGCUCUUGGUGACGGUGGGAACUGUUGAUGCAAGGAUCAUGUCAUCAUUAAUACCAAGCAACGUCUACUCACCUGCUCAGGAGUUCUAGAGGGACAAUUACUCCUGUCUCUCUCCAAAGACUUCUGGUCUGUCAAAUGUGAAUGUGGGUACUGAUAUAAAGUCAAGCCCCCUCGCCUCAUACCCCUCAGCAGCCUUUCUCUCUUCUACCUGAGCAUUGAGUUUUUCAGAUUGGUCCUCAUACUGAUGAACUCAAAAGUCCCCUCUGAACUCCAGUGCUAUUUUGACCAAAAACCUGCGCAAACAAUACUGGCAAUAAUUCAGCAAAAGAUUAUUUUUACCCUGACAGCUUUAUAUCCUUUGUUAUUUUGGUGAUGGGGAUCUGUAUGUAAGAGGAGGGAUAACUGGGUUUGGGACCAUCUCCAUGCUUUAACUGAAAGACCUCAAAAAAGGUGGAAUGACAUUGGAUUAUGUUUUUAUUUUCACAGACCAUGAAAACUCAAAGUCCUCUAUACAGCUGUUCACAGUAAUACAGAGAGGAUUUUCAAUGUUUUUGGUUUUGCCUGCUAGUGCUCCCAGGAGAGAAUCCUGGUUUGAAACCCCUUGAGGUACUUGAUUUACUUAAAGAGCUUGUAAUGUGUCAGUGAAUGUUUAAACUGGAAAGUCUUGGGAUGUUUCUUGUUGAGGGGAGGGAUUUGGGCUGGGGGGGGGGGGCUGGCUAAGGAGAAGGGGUUUUAGACUGAACGUUAUGUUCAGUGGGUACGUUUAUUUUUGUCUGUAUAGCUUUCCUCCCCUCAGAAAAAAGAAAAGUCUAUUUAUAUAGGCUUGUGACCUCGCUACCUCUGAUUAUUCUUACGAACUCUAUGUUGAUUAGUUGAAAGUUCCUAUGUAAUUAAUUGUAAAAAGUGUGUAGAUUAUGGUAACUUUUCACCUAAUGCUUUAACCUGCCCAUCUCUCAACACAGGUUUUUGAUGCUCAUAGGUUUUACACAUUAAUAUUGUUUUUAGCUGUUGUAUUUACUUGUCAAAUAUAGCUUUUCGGGUGCCCUGGUCAGUGUGGCCCCACCUCAAAGUGUACUGUAGCUUCCUGCCUGGAGCAAUUAGUGGUUAGUUAGUGUAGAUGUAUAGUGUUCCAAAGAUCUUAUGAAUGUUGAGGAGAACAGAGCUAACUAACAUUGCUAGACAAGUUCAUAACCAAAGUUUUAAAAAGAUGUACUUAAGAUUUAUAGCAUACUAAAUUAUUUCACUUUUUGAUUUCCUUUUUGCUGUAUAAAACAAAUUAUGAAUUAUAUUCUAAGUCCAGACAAAGAAAUCCACUCUUUUGAUGGAAUGUUGGCCAAUGACUCUGAGACUGAGGAAGUUUAUUGUGGUUUGCAAGGAAAGCUUGUGCUGAUUGGUGGGCCGGUAUAAUUAAACUUUACCACCUAACGAAAUGGUGAAGUUUAAAAACGUGUUCCCUGAACAUGUUUUCUUUUCGUUUGUAUCCAGAGUCCUUAUCACUUUAUAUUCCCUGACUUUAAAAACAGGACUUGAUGACAUUGUAUGUGUUCUGUUCAGACCAAAAAAAAAAGAAAAAGACAAAAAAGAUAGGAAUUAUAAUCAGAAUUUUAAUGUGAAGUUCAAGUUGCUUGUUAGUUUUUGAGCCAGACUUGUGAAAACUUGUAAUAAGAAGGGAGAAGCAGAGAUGCACUGGACAGCUGAACAACUCAUCGGUCUCCUGCGGCAUCCUUCUGUUUCUGAUUGUAUUUCAUUAUGUCACAGAAUGAUUUAAAAUGAUUUAAGACCGCUAAAGCUUUACCUCAUCAUAAGCAACCACGCGAUGGGAAUGGCCACUCUGUUAUCUGUCCAGUGUAUCUACUCUAACAGUUACACUGUGGAGCAUGAACCUUCACUACAAGUUUUUGGUAUAGGCAUUCCUCUAUUAUGUUGGUUUAACUGUCUUCUUGAUUUUUUGUAUUCCUCUUUCGUCCUCAUGUUAUGGUCUGUGAAAUGUUUGUUAUAGGGAUGCAGCUACAGUUACACAAACAUCACUACCGUUUAAAGGUACCUGCGUCCUGGACUCCCGGGGCUGUUACUUGGUUAUGUUGGAUGUUGGUGUCUUGCUGUUUAAGCAGUUGCUGUUCAGUGAUUGCAUGGUACAUCUAUGAAUUUUUCACACUCCCCGACCCAACCACAAACAUGUUAUUUAUCGCCUGAUCCACUGUUGCUUGUGACCUCUUCUAGCUUAAGAGGGAGUCCACAAUGCAUUGCCUUCAAACGUUAUUGUACUUGUCAGCACUUACUGCAGUACAGCAUAAUGUCUGUCAUGCAAAAGGUGUUUUUAUACAUCAAGAUCUCUAGCCAUCUCUGCAAAAGACUUUGCAGCUGCAUUUGAAUGCUUGCUUGCUUGACAUAACGAAGAAAAAAACUACGAACUCCAAACUGUGACAAUACUACUACUAUUACUACUACUACUACUAGUACUACUACUACUCAAAUACUUCAGGGAUUGUUCUGCAUCUGCGAAUGCAGACUCUCAGCUACAUUUGUAAGACAUAGUAUUGUAUCGAUUUCUCUGUAUUUUAAUCAUGGGAAAAGCAAAACACUAGUUUCGUAUUUAAGACAAACGGGCGGGGUACUUUUUCAACUAACACAAAGAGCCUGGACAAAGGCGAGGCAGCUUGAAACAAGUCUACAUUUUAGUUAGUAACACAGUAUGUUCAGAAAUAGUUUCAAAGUUGUAUAAAGAACUCAGAAGAAGAAGAAAAGAAAAGCUCAUACCCAAAUCCACAAACUAUUUUUUAAACCAAAGCACAUUUGAAUGAUUAUGGAACCAUGUGUGGCUCUAAAAAGAAACAUAUGUAUUUAUCUCAUUGUUUACAUAAACUUUUACAGUUUUACAGACCUCAAUCGAGGCUCGGCCAGACGGAGAGGUGAUUUUGUGUAUUUUGUUUUAUUCUUAAAGAUGCUUUUCCACAGAGGUUGCUGCCAAAGCAAAAGCAUAGCGUCAAACAUGGGGUGAACUGCUACAUAUUCAAUUAUGGGGAGGGGCAAGUGGUUUAGGGGCUCCCCCUUCUCUGCCAGCUGGCUUUGGGGUGACCCUGCGCCCCGCUCCCCCUGCCCUCUGGCCUGUCUUCUGAUGGGAGCGCAGCGAUGGGGGUGGGCAGUGCAUCCUUGACGUAUUAAUCAAAAGGCAUUGUUAGACAGGGUCUUUAGCUAUAUUUUGUGACUCGGUUUGCCCAAAUGCACUCGAGGACUACCUCUGCUGUGAGGGUCCCAUGAUGUAGUGGGUGGGUGAUGCUAGAAUGUUUUGGGUGGUUUUAGUAACAUGGUACAUCUCUCAUGCUGGCGGUUCACGAAACCUAUUUGGAGAAUGUAGCUUUGAUUUGUUCACUGCAUGUAAACAGGCUCAGCUGAUAGUCUUAACUGUGAAUGUUAUUGUCAUUUUUCUGCUUUAUGAUGUUUUUUUUCUUAGCUGCCUGUGUUCUGUGAGUAAAAGCAGCACAAACCUCUGGCUGGCCAGGCCUCAAACAAAGUUGGUGCACACACUUAUUGACAGUGUUCUUUUUUUUUUAUCAAAUGUCUAUUGUCAGUGAUGAAUGUAUUUAUUUCUGGUCCUGUCCUCACCUCUGCAAAGAAUGUGCUCAGUGUGUGAGACUGAGGUGGAGGCAGGACCCCUUUUUGUUAUUUUUUUUGUUUUGAGGAUUUCAAGCUGAGAAUCAAAAGUGAGACACAAGACCACAAUAUGUGAAGUUGACUUUUUUUGUGGGAGAACUGAUUUUUUUUCCAACUCAAAGAAAAUGGUUUCUUUCUCAGUUAUACCUGACGGUCUGUAAGGUUUUUAUUUCAUGUGAUUCACUAUGGGUGUUUUUUGCCCAUGUGUUCUUGAGUUCUCACUGAAUGACUGCACACCAGGGGAGUUGAAUUGUAACCCCUUGUGUGUGUGUGUCUGUGGACACAGGCAGGACACAGACCUGCCUGUGCAGAACGGAGGCUACUUUAUCUUUUUUAGCCUGCUCUCCCUGGGUGUUGCCAUGCUGCUGCCAUUUAAAAAAACACACACAUUCACAAACAUGCACAUAACAACUCUCUCUGCUGAAUCGCAGUGUUGUCAUGACUAUUGUUACAUUUCUUGUCUUAAACGACUAGCCACUUCGUCUUUCUUAUUUACAUGUAUCUGUUUUUAGUGUCUAUUAGUUCUACAUUGGAGGAUUUUAGAAACGUUGGGUGAGAUAGCUUUACUAAGUGCACUUUGUAUGUUUUUCAAAGCUUCUGGGAAGACCCAGGCGCUUUCAUAUCAGUUCCCAUUAACUGACGGUUUACUCUUUGUCUUUCUCUUCUUACCUCAUCAUUGUUCCUGUGUGUUUGUUGAAAUCUCAUCAUUAUGCAGUGUUACAAAGCUUUAAAAUGAAUAUACAAAGCAGGAAAUGCAGAGAGAGUGUACUCGGCUCUACCCAUUCACAUUUCCAUUUAAUUUCAUGGUAUUAUCGUUGUUACACCUUGUAGGGUUGUGACUAUCCUCUCCAGGCAUUUUGUAGUAGAGGGGCUGGUCUGUCCAGUUAUUAUGGAGAUGCUCCUACUUACCUCGGCAGACUUAACCAAAGCCAGUUUUAAAAUGGCCUCUGGUGCCAUUGAAGCAUUUCUCAGCUUUAUUGUCCCUUGCUUUAUCUCAGAUACACCUGACUUCCUGCUUUAGCCCUUUGACCCUCUGUAAUCUGUUACUGCCUAGGCGACUUUAUUCUCAGCCCCUGCUGACAUUUCACGUCAGUAUUUACUGUACCUCCAGUGACGAUGCGCAGUAGUGACUGAAAAACACCAAAUUACCUCAAAACUUUCAGUGUUUACAGAAAUGUGCUGUCUUGCCAUUACAUUCUAAGAUUUAUACUAUUUUUAUUUUGUUGCCGUCCAACUGUAACCAAAAAAAAAUCCUUUUUGAAAUAGAGUUUGUAGCAGCCUAUUUUCAUACAUAACCUUAAUUUACAUCUGUUUUUUCUAAUUUACCAUGGCACAGUGUCACUUUGGUGUGCACUACAUUAAUGGAAGACAUGAUUAGCUGCUAAAAAAAUGGUACUUGAAGAGUUGAUCAGUGGAGCUCCCCAUGAAGUGGGUGUAUCAUGCUUCCUCUCUGAUCUGUUUUCUUCAGGAUCAUCCUCUCAAUAAUGUAUCAGGUUCCGUAGGCUGAGAGGCUCUGGAAGGGACAUGUAGGGUCUUUGCUGAUGAAUAAUUAAAGGACGAGAGGCCCUCCCCCCUUGGCAAACACACUUCACAUGCAAAGGUGUACACACCCAGGUGCUUUUUCCUGGCAUGUAUGCGCAUAGACCCCCACUCAUGCACACACAAAUGCCACCGUCUAAACUUCAUACACAACCGAACAUGCAGACAGCAGUAUUUAAAGGUGAGGUUCUGUGACCCUUUUUGGUGGCUUUUGGCAGCACCCAGGCAGGGCUCUCUCUUUAUCUCCACUCCUCAGAGAGCUCGUAUUCAGGUCAGAGCCACCGCCGUGCAUAGCGAUGGGGCUCGCAAACUCAAAGUGUCAUAAAAGUGUAAUACAGCUGACCUCAGCACUCACAACCUUGCAGUCUUAAUGUACAGCAGUGAGGAAAGAUAAACUGUUAUUUUAUGAUCUUUUCAUUAAAAGCUUGAUUGAAAACCAAGAA